GACAAGGGAGGUGUGGGUGCACAAACAGUGCAACUCGUGCAAAGUAUAAAAACACCCUCAGGACUUCAGUCACUGAACUCUACACACUAAACGGAAACAGUCCAUAUAAAGUCAUCUGCUUGCCCUCAACAUCAAAUGAAAUUUCAUUGGCAAUAGCCACAUGUUGAAUGUAAUGACCACGCCUCCUGUCUACUAAAACUCACAAUGAAGAAUGCCUGAGAGAUUCUGGAAAGGACAGAACUUUGCAGUCAUCUCUUUUGAGCAAGACCUCUUUAAAUCUGAGUGUGUCACACUGGCAGCAAAAUUGUUCUGUAGUUUUGGUGAUGAUGUUGGAAAAGUGUUCAUUCUGUAAAAAUGGGGAUUGUGUAAAGCCAAUAAAAGUUGAAAAGAAAUCUGGAAAAACAGCAGCCAAGAUCCGAAUUGAAGAUGAUGGGAGUUAUUUUCAAAUCAGUCAGGAUGGAGGAGCACAAAAGCUUGAAAAGGCUAAAAUUACCCUGAAUGAUUGUUUAGCUUGUAGUGGCUGCAUCACAUCCGCAGAAAGCGUGUUAAUCACUCAGCAGAGCCAUGAAGAGCUCUACAAAGUGUUAAGUUACAAUAAGACUGCAGCUCCUAAUCAACAGAAGCUAGUUAUAGUUUCCGUUUCACCACAAUCCAGAGCAUCACUAGCUGCAAGAUUUAAGAUGACGCCUCUAGAAACGGCAAAGAAAUUGACAGCAUUCUUAAAAAAUUUAGGUGUGCACUAUGUGUUUGAUACAACUUUCUCAAGAAACUUCAGCUUGUUGGAGAGCCAACGAGAGUUUGUACGACGCUUUCAAAGGCAAACUGAAGAUAAAAAGGCUUUGCCCAUGCUGGCCUCUGCCUGUCCAGGUUGGAUCUGCUAUGCAGAGAAAACUCAUGGAAGUUUUGUUAUUCCUUACAUUAGUACCACUAAGUCCCCACAGCAGGUCAUGGGCUCCUUGAUCAAGGGUCACUUUGCCAAACAGCAGCAUUUUUCACCUGACCAGACCUACCAUGUGACAGUAAUGCCCUGUUAUGACAAAAAACUAGAAGCUUCAAGACCAGACUUCUUCAGCCAAGAGUACCAAACUCGUGAGGUUGACUGUGUAAUUACUACGGGAGAAGUUCUACGAUUGUUGGAACAAAAGGGAGUCUCUCUGUCAGAUGUGGACUCGGCUCCUUUGGAUACCAUGUUUAGCAGCGUUUCAGAAGAGGAGCUCCUUGGCCAUUCUGGUGGCGGUUCUGGUGGCUAUUUGGAACACAUAUACAAGUAUGCAGCAAAAGAACUGUUUGGGAUUCAAGUGGAUGAAGUUCAAUACAAACCUUUAAAAAACAAGGAUUUCCAGGAAGUGACACUAGAAAAGGAUGGCAUAGUCCUGCUGCAGUUUGCCUUGGCUUAUGGAUUUCGAAACAUACAGAACUUAGUGCAAAAACUGAAACGAGGAAAAUCACCUUAUCACUAUGUUGAAGUCAUGGCUUGCCCAUCAGGCUGUUUAAACGGAGGUGGUCAGAUCAGAGCAGAAGGUGAAUCCAGCAAGGAUUUGCUUCAGCAAGUUGAGAAGUUGUAUGAAUCUGUUAAGACUGAAAUUCCAGAGAGGAACCGCACUGUACAAGAACUGUAUGAACAGUGGCUGGGUGGUACAAACUCAGAAAAAGCUGGAACAACGUUGCACACGGCAUACCAUGCAGUGGAGAAAAUGAACUCUGGAUUUAAUAUCAAAUGGUGAAGAUGUAUGAUGCACUUGUAUUUCUACAGAGACUGUAAAUCUGAGAGACAGGAGGUACACUUACUCGGUGCCCUGUUAAGUCAUCUGUCAUUUUAAAGUCUUCAGAAGCCAACAUGUGCACUGAAAUUCUAGGAUACCAUGACUGGAUGAACACAAUUUAUACAUAGAAAAUGUCCUGCAGCUAAAAGAUAAUGUGUAGACACUCUGGUACUGCUAAUGAGUUCCUAUAGCUUCUAAGUCUAUUUAAAUAAAAACAGAUGCUGACUUGGGAUGUGAAAUAUGUCCCUUUAAAAGAGGCAGUCUAUAGUAGCCACCACCCCACCUUUAUGGCCCCAACCCUGCAUUCCUUUUCACACACCCCGUCACACUGGAGUCAGUCAAUGCAUUUAAGGUACACAGAGAAUCCAGGACUGACUCGGGUCAACUGUGACAUUAUUCGGCUGUUCUUGAUAAGUCAAAAUUUUACCAGUCCUGUACCUGAACAACACAUCUGCUAUAUUUCCACAGCAUGGAGUUCUAGGGCUGUGACUCUUAGGGUAAGUCUAUACUUACCACACGGGUCAACGCGGAGAGUUCAACUUCUCGGAGUUCGAACUAUCGCGUCUUGAACUCCCCACGUGCUCUGGUCGACCUUGGAGCCACAGACUUCGAUCCCGUGGCGUCUGGACAGCUAUUCGCGUAGCUGAAGUUGUGUACCUUAGUUCGACACCCCCCCCCCCCCCUUAGUGUAGACCAGGCCUUAUGACAUCAUGUUCCAGUUAGAGCUGGGUUAAUUGGGCCAUGGUACUCCAUUUCCUGCUCCUGGAGUCUAGCUGUGACAUCUUUGCCUGUAUUUCAAGUAAGCUGACGGUUUUAUAGGCAUGGAUGGAAGCAGCUUACAAGGCCCUGAGUGUAAAGUUUAAGACUUUUAUUACCUGCUGAACUCUGAUCUGAAUGAAUGGGCAGAAAAACCUGUCAUCAGUUUUUUCAUGUAAAUAGUCUACAGCUGCCUCUGUGAAUUAAUAUCUCAGUAGCAGAGUUCACUAGUGGAUGCUACCUGACACUCAGAUGAAGCCAGUGAUAUUCAUACAGUAUGUUCCACACCAGGGUGAAACAGGCACUUUUCAUUUCUGAAUGACACAAGGUACUCAGCAUAAUUGUACCUGAAUGGGGCCUCUGGCUGCUACUGUAAUACAAAUACUAAGACCAGAAUAUUAAGCCUGGUAGAGCAGAGAAGAAUCGAGGGCAGUAACUUACCAGAAGGAAUAUCAUGGUAGUGAGUAUAAAGUCUCUUUGUAUUUAACACAAGCCCCAACACAUCUUAAGCAAAAUUACUGGUCUACUUGCCUUGGAACACGUGGGUUCUGGUUUGUUUGUUAGAAACAUGCACCUUAAAUGAGCUGAUUUUGCUUAUGGGCAUUCUGAGAACUCUUCAUGUUAAACAGGGUAAACACCUUUUUAUUUCAUUUGAGCUCACUGUGAAUUUCUAAUUUCCUACUAGAUUUCUUUACUUAGUAUGGGCUAAGAAUUCUUUGACCCUCACUUAACAAUAGCUUAAGGGAUACUGUCAGGUUUGAAAAAAUUAAAAUAGUUCCAGGUACUGUACCUGCCACCCUUUGUGGGUUUACAAUCACAUGUUCCCAUAUUUAAAAAUGCUUCCCCCCCGCCGCUGGGUAUGAGACCCACAGAGCAAAAGGAAGGUAACUGACUCUAGAGAAAGUGCUGUGAAGUGCACACAAUGUAGAAAUUCUCUUCCAGUGAAUCGUUUUACAUAUUACUUUCACCCAUACUAUACAGACCUUAUAGGGACACUAGUUUAAAGUCCCACACAAAACACAACAGACCUUCCUGUCGCUUUUUGGUUAAACCCUGACCAACAAAUUGGGUUUCUUUUGAUAGCUUUUAAGCAGCAAACUACACUCCAAUCUAAGCCAGGCCUUGAGAAGCUGUUAGAAAUCCUCCUUGAGGGAGCUUAGGCUCUGGGCCUACAACUGCUUUAUGCACAUAGUUAACUUUAUGCAUCCAAGUAGUCCCAUUGAAGUCAAUAGGAGUACUUGGGUGUUUAAAUGUUAAGCAUGCAGAUGUGGAGGAGAGGAGCACUACACUUUUUGUAAAAACAAAUGUUUUAUAUGCAACUUAAAUUUUGUUUACUUACAAUGCUUUGAUGAAGCCCGUAUCUUUUGCAUGCCUGGGUUCCUGCCUUUCAAAUAAGAUGACAUGGGCCUAAUGCAGAA